AUGAGUGGGCGAGGUUACGGAAAGAAAAGACGUCGAGAACCGGACAACAAUAUUGGGAAUGGGGAAAAUGAUGAUGUUCAGCUCGUACCGAAAGCUGCUUCCUCGCACAUCGGAAGCAUUCGCGACGAUGGCGUCCCGCAGGAAGAGCAGACUGGCCCGAAAGACUUUAGAAGGCAUCUUUCAUUGAAAGCUGACCAUCAAUCUAGGCCGAUUUACAUCUCGCCCGAUGGUCAUAUUUUCCUGGAAGCAUUUUCUCCCGUCUAUCAGCAUGCGCGCGAUUUUCUUAUCGGAAUCGCGGAGCCAAUUUGUCGUCCGGAGAAUGUCCACGAGUUCAAAUUGACGCCGUAUUCGUUAUAUGCUGCUGUUUCCGUCGGACUUGAGACAAAUGAGAUUAUUGAAUAUCUGCAAAGAUUGUCGAAAACUUCAAUUCCGGAUGAAAUCAUAGAGUUUAUCAAGUUGUGCACGCUCAGUUAUGGAAAAGUGAAACUUCUUCUCAAGGAGAAUCGCUACUUUAUUGAAUCCUCGCACAUUGAAGUGAUCCAGAAGCUUCUUGCUGAUCCUGUGAUUAGUUCGUGCAAGAUCUCGGAAGCACAGCAGACUGAGUUCGAGGCAAAACAAGGUUUGCAGUAUGUUAAGCCGGCGCACGGUGAUGAUGGCCGACUGGCGGAUGGGGGCGUUGCCCCGGAAUUCCGAAAGGAAGGCGGCGAGGAGGGACAAAGCGAAACAACUGUUCCUGAAGACAUUGGCCAGUUUUACAAUCAGCUGGACAAGGAUCUCGACGAGAAAGAAGAUCGAAUGAAGAAAUCGCAAGUCUGGCAGUUUGAAGUGGAAAAAGCAAAAAUAGAAGAGGUUCAGCGGCGUUGCAUCGCUCUGGAGUAUCCCCUCUUGGCCGAGUACGAUUUCAGAAAUGACAAAAAUAUUCCCGACCUGCCGAUUGAUUUGAAGCCGACGACGACGUUGCGGCCUUACCAGGAGAAGUCGCUAAAGAAGAUGUUUGGAAAUGGAAGAGCUCGAUCGGGUGUGAUUGUGUUACCGUGUGGUGCAGGAAAAACUUUGACCGGAGUAACAGCUUGCACCACUGUGAGAAAGCGAUGCGUGGUUUUGUGCACUUCAGGAGUAGCCGUUGAGCAGUGGAAAAAUCAAUUCAAGAUGUGGUCGACUGCGACUGACGAUAUGAUAUGCAGAUUCACCUCGGACGCGAAGGACAAGCCCCAUGCCGGUAGUUCGAUCGUUAUAUCUACGUAUUCGAUGAUGGGGCAUACGAUGAAGCGUAGCUAUGAAGCCGAGAAACUGAUGGAAUGGCUGCGCAAUCAAGAGUGGGGAAUGAUUGUCCUCGACGAGGUCCACACAAUUCCUGCCAAACAGUUCAGACGUGUGCUCACAGUGAUUUCCGCUCAUUGUAAGCUCGGGCUCACUGCGACGCUGGUUCGAGAAGACGACAAAAUUACAGAUUUGAAUUUUCUAAUUGGACCGAAAUUGUACGAGGCGAACUGGAUGGAGCUAUGGAACAACGGAUACUUGGCUCGAGUGCAGUGUGCAGAAGUUUGGUGUCCAAUGGCGCCGGAAUUCUACAGAGAAUACCUAAACUGCAAGACGAGAAAACGAAUUCUUAUUUAUGUCAUGAACCCGAAUAAAUUUCGAGCGUGCGAGUUCCUGGUCCGCUACCAUGAAGCUCGAAAAGACAAGAUCAUUGUCUUCAGCGACAAUGUUUUCGCCCUCGUGGAGUAUGCAAAGAAAAUGGGCGCUCCAUUUAUUCAUGGUCCCACUGCGCAGCACGAGCGAAUGAAAAUCAUUCAGAACUUCAAGUACAAUCCGGCAUUCCCCACCAUUUUCAUUUCCAAAGUCGGUGAUAACUCGUUCGAUAUGCCUGACGCAAAUGUUCUCAUUCAAAUUGCUUCCCACGGUGGUAGUAGGCGGCAAGAGGCUCAGCGUCUUGGUCGAAUUCUACGAGCAAAGAAAGGAUCCAAUCCAAACGAAGUAAAUGCUUACUUUUACUCGCUGGUGUCUCAAGAUACAAAGGAAAUGGCCUACUCGACGAAGAGACAGCGGUUCUUGGUGAACCAGGGCUAUGCUUUCAAGAUUAUCACAGAACUGCCUGGUUUGAAGGAAGAUAUGAGUCUUUCAUUCAGCACACGAGAAGAGCAACAAGUCCUCCUUCAAAGAGUUCUUGCUGCAAAUGAUGCGGACGCAGACGAAGAAGCGAUGCCUUCUGAGUUUCAAUCGAACCUUUCUGGAAACAAGAAGAGCAAUGUUGUGCGUCGAGCUGGAGGUUUCGGCCAAAUGUCGGGCGCUGACUCGCGACAUUACACCGAAACAGCGGCUGCCAAAAAGAAGAAAAGAGAAUCCCAGGCGCGGCUCUAUUUCAUUAUUUUUUCUCGACUUUGA